GGUCCUGCCCCUUCGCGUAUCUGAUUUCAGCUCAGCAGUAGAUACGUCGCUGAACGUGGGGGAAAUGACCGUGGUCGCUAACUUGAACGAAAAAUGAGGACGAAAACAUGUCGAAACAGUUCUCUCUGUUGUCAGUGUAUCUGCUUACACUCAACUGGUUAAUCAGGAUGAAAUUCCUAAGAAGUACAUUGAACAGAAGGAAACGGUAAGGGUGUUUGCAUGCAGACACCUUCGCCCGUUUGUUUCCUUUUGGACCUACACCUCGGAAGAUCAUUAAGCCAUGGGAAGGAUCAGCUUCUCCUGCCUUUUCCCAGCCUCCUGGCAUUUCAGCCUGUCCCCUGUGGGGCUCCCCCGCCUCCUGCUGCCCUCCUUCAGACAGCUGCUGUUCCUGGGCCUGCUGGCAGGGCUCCUGGGACUGCUCUACCUCCUGCUGGUGAUGGGCAAGGGCCAGUACAGCUGGGCCAGCCAGGAGCACCCGUCUCAUAGGCACUUUGCGCGCGUGACGGACGUGGACGCCACCGACACCAGCAACCCGGACCUGAACUACGGCCUGGUGGUGGACUGCGGCAGCAGCGGCUCCCGGGUCUUUGUGUACUGCUGGCCUCGGCACAACGGCAACCCCCACGACCUGCUGGACAUCCAGCAGAUGAGGGACCUGCACAGGAAGCCCGUGGUCAUGAAGAUAAAGCCCGGUAUCUCAGACCUGGCCACGACGCCAGAAAAGGCCAGUGAUUAUAUCUACCCUCUGCUGAGCUUCGCUGCCCAGCACAUCCCCAAGAGCAAGCACCAGGAGACCCCUCUGUACAUCCUCUGCACUGCAGGCAUGAGGGUCCUCCCAGAGAGCCAACAGGAAGCGCUGCUGGAGGAUCUGCGGACUGACAUCCCCGUGCAUUUUAACUUCCUGUUCUCGGACUCCCACGUGGAGGUCAUAUCUGGCAAGCAGGAGGGUGUGUACGCCUGGAUCGGGAUCAACUUUGUCCUCGGGAGAUUCAACCACGUGGAUGAUGAGAAUGAGGCGGUGGUUGAGGUACAGGUGCCCGGCAGCGACCAGCAGGAGGCGCUGGUGCGCAAGCGGACGGCCGGCGUGCUGGACAUGGGGGGCGUGUCCACGCAGAUUGCGUACGAAGUGCCCAAAACUGUAAGCUUUGCCUCUCCACAGCAGGAGGAGGUGGCCAAGAACCUGCUGGCCGAGUUCAACCUGGGCUGCGACGCGCACCGCACGGAGCACGUGUACCGCGUCUACGUCUCCACCUUCCUGGGCUUCGGCGGGAACGCCGCCCGCCAGAGAUACGAGGAGAGCGUGGUCGGGAAGACCCUGGCGCGGAACAAGCUACUGGGCCAGCGCCUGGGGGAGACGCCCGACUCGCCCUACCUGGACCCCUGCCUGCCCCUGGACCUGCAGGACGAGGUGGGGCCCCCCGGGCGGAGGCUGCACCUGCGGGGCACGGGCGACUUCGACCUCUGCCGCCAGCUGCUCCAGCCCUUCCUCAACCACACCAACGAGACGCAGGCCUCGCUCAACGGGGUCUACCAGCCGCCCAUCGACUACCGCAACAGCCAGUUCUACGGCUUCUCCGAGUUCUACUACUGCACCGAGGACGUGCUGCGCAUGGGCGGGACCUACAACGCCACCAAGUACAGCCGCGCCGCCAAGAGUUACUGCGCCACCCAGUGGAGAACCCUGAAAGAGCGCUUUGAUCGGGGGCUGUACGCCUCCCACGCUGACCUGCACAGGCUCAAGUACCAGUGCUUCAAAUCGGCCUGGAUGUACGAGGUGUUCCACUCGGGCUUCUCCUUCCCCGCCGCGUACGAGAACCUGAGGACCGCGCUGCUGGUGUACGACAAGGAGGUGCAGUGGACCCUGGGAGCCAUCCUGUACAGAACGCGCUUCCUGCCCCUGAGGGACAUUCAGCAGGAGAUCCUGAAGGGGGCGCACUCCCACUGGCGCCACAGCUUCUCCUUCGUCAACAACCACUACCUGUUCCUGGCAUGCUUCCUGGUGGUGCUGCUGUCCAUCCUGCUGUACCUGCUGCGGCUGAGACGGAUCCACCGGCGCACCAACCAGCGCGGCGUUGCCACGGCGUCCUCCCCGCAGUGGGCGGAGCAAGGCCUGGCCACGCCCUCUGUCCUCGUCACUCUCUAGCCUGCCCCGCCCCCCCUCCCGAACGGCAGGGCCACCACGUCAAGGCCUCCAUUCACUUCUCUCUGAGGCACUGUGGGACUUUGGACUAGACAGGGGGAGGGGCUCCUUGUGUGACAUCACGUAAUGCUGGCAGCUGGGUCGGCGAUCCCUUUUUGAAUGGACUCUUUGAUGCUUUCGCCAGAGCGAGUUUGAGAUUAGACUACUGCGACGCUGUGGUCGCAGCCUUUACUGAAAUUAAGCAAUGAGAUUUUUAAUGUUUUCUUUGUUGUCCUCUGUGUUAAUUUAUUUUUUUUGCCAGGAUCAAGUUUGCCUUUUAAGAAAUGUGACUGAGUAAGAGAGUUGUGUGUGGGGUGGCUGAGGUUGGCACUUUCUCACAGGGGCCAAAAAGGGAACGUUUGUGCCCCUCCCCUGAGUUACGGUGCCAAAGAGAAUGUGCCGUAGGAACGUUUGAAGCAUCUUGACUGUAAAAGGCAUUUUUGCAUCCCCUGAUACUGCCACUAGGUGGCAACCUCUCCAUUCAGAUACACUUGUAUGUAACAGUGCAAUGCACCAUUACGUUUAGGCCUUUUCAUCAAAGUCAAUGCGCAGUCAGAGGGUCCUGGGAAUCCUGUGUUCUUGACUUGUGAGCAUGCAUUCAGGAGCGAUGGCACCAUUUAAUGCAAAGUAGAACUAUGUGUGCAUGACUGAGAGUAGCUGGUUUAGCAUGUCUUUAAGAAUGACCGAAAUAUGAGAAACCGUAUGAAAACAAGGCAGAGUGGGCCAUCCCGAAUGUCAGUGCAGAAGUCCUGAAGCAGCUGGGAGAGGAAGCUGAGGAGCAGGGGUACGCUCCUCCUCUGGAGAGCUCCUGCCCACCUGAGACUGCCUGGAAGACUGUCACGGAAGAGCCAUGUCGGUGCCUGUUUAAGGUGACGUGUGGAGUGAGAGAGCACCGUCCGCACGCGAGCAAGAACCGAACCCUUGCUGCCUUUUCUCACACUAAUGCUCGUUUUUACUGUCUGUUUUUAGCAUUGGAAAAAGGCCUGUGAACUACAACAACGGCUACAAUACACAAGCCGUUGCCAAGAACUGCCUUUGCGGUGAAAGCCUUUUUUCCUUUUUUUUUUUUGUAACACGGAAUCUUCAUUCUGGUGUCUCCCCCCCGUCAGCUGUACAGGUAGCAUUUCUCUAAACAAAAACAGUGCAAUAAGUUUUCAUUGUUGUCUUAUCACUGUGGAGAGGGACUCCCUCUGGCAUCUGCUUUUUGUGAAAGCAGGAGAGCGAGAGAGAGAGUGGAGAGAGAGAGAGACUGAAGGCCAGUGUGGUUCAGGGCAGGUCGGGUGUGUGUGGAUCCGCACCUUUGGGUCGUUGGGUCCGUUGGCGGUUGUGGGAUAAAGCGGAUGUCAGGUGGAGACUUUCUCUGAAAAACUCAAACGCACCCAGCUUCAUUUUUAGAAGCUGCGGUGUCGAUGCUGUACGGUGCACAUAGUUUGUGAAACACAAGAUGCCAUAUUUAUAACAGAUGUACAUGGUUUGCACGAAGGAGUGUCAUUGGUAAUAUUGCUGACAAUCUUGUUGCUGUUUCAAGGAAUAAUAAAAGAAAAAUUCAGCUGG